CAAGUCGGAGGCGCGCAGCUCAAGCGCUGCUGCUCAGUCAUGGCGGAGGAGCUGAACGCGGACUGGCUGUCUCGCUUACCUUCCUCAUGGAGUUACGGCGUGACACGGGACGGACGCGUAUUCUUCAUCAAUGAAGAAGCAAAGAGCACAAACUGGCUCCAUCCAGUCACGGGAGAAGCCGUCAUUACUGGACACAGAAAAACUCCAGAUUUACCAACUGGAUGGGAAGAAGGAUAUACGUUUGAAGGAGCCCGUUGCUUCAUCAAUCAUAAUGAACGCAAGGUGACCUGCAAGCAUCCCGUCACAGGCUUUCCAUCGCAAGACAACUGCAUCUUUGUCGUCAACGAACACCUGAAUUGUGGGAAACUUGUGCAUUUUGUUUUCAACAGACCAGCGACUAAAACACCAGUGACCGAGAAGAAGGAACGUCCCACCAGCACCAUGAGUGAAGCGUCCAACUACACCGGCGGCUCAGACUACACAACACACCCCAGCAGUCCAACAUCCAGACAGUCGAGAUCCUCAAAGAAAGUGCACAACUUUGGGAAGAGGUCAAACUCGAUCAAGAGGAACCCCAAUGCACCAGUGAUCAAAAAUGGCUGGCUUUACAAACAGGACAGUACCGGGAUGAAGAUGUGGAAGAAGAGAUGGUUUGUGCUGUGUGACAUGUGCCUGUUCUACUACAGAGACGAUAAAGAAGAGGGAAUUCUGGGAAGUAUUCUCCUACCCAGUUUCCACAUCUCCAUGCUGUCCGUGGACGACCAUAUAAGUCGGAAAUACUCAUUUAAGGCGACACAUCCAAACAUGCGGACAUACUAUUUCGGCACUGACACAGCCAAAGAUAUGGAGUCCUGGAUGAAGGUUAUGACAGAUGCAGCAUUGGUCCACACUGAGCCAAUCAGAAGGCUUGAGAAGGUAAAGUUCGACCCAAGCACUCCUCAGGAGAUGAACAACAUGUUGAAUCACAGGGUCCUGACCCGACCGGAGAUCCAAAACAAUGAGAGAAACCUUGAGGCACAACGGCAGGAGGAGAAGAAACAAAAUCCCCUGGAGAAACAGCCCUGCAUCCAGAAAGACAAAGAUAGCAGGGGUAGUGUGCAGAAAGACGGCGAGCGAUACACCUUUCAAAGAGACAGCGACGAUCACACACUCCAUAAAGACGCACAGCGAAUCGCUCUACAGAAGGAUGGAGACAGGUACAUGCUGCAAAAAGACGUGGAACAAUAUGUCCUUCAGAAAGAUGGAGAGAAAUAUGCAGUCCACAAAGAUGGUGAGAUGUAUUUACUUCAGAAGGACGGGCACAAGUACACGCUACACAAGGAUGGAGAUAAGUACACACUACAGAGGGACGACAAAUAUGCACCACCGAAAGAUACCGAGAAGAUCUUGCAAAAGGAUGGAAUAUACUCUCAGAAGCACCCUCAGCCAAAAGAUCCCGAAAAACCCGCCCCGCCUCCGCGAGAGGGCGAGAAAUACGCCUUCCAGAAAGAGGGCACCCUGGAGCGGCCGCUCACAAAGAUCAACAGCAUCAAACUCCAGCCAGCUCAAGCAGCUGCCAUCGCUGCAGCGGUCUCCUCAUCCAGACAACUCCACAGCGGGUCGAGUCAUUACAAGCCUGCCCUGGUCAAUGGCUCUGGCGAGCGUGGAGGAGAGAAGAGUCCUGGGGACAUCAACAACACCUUACCUCCGAGGAUGACGGUUCCGCCCCCGCCGGUAGAACCCGAGAGAACCUUGAGCAGAACAAACUCCAUGCAACAGCUGGAGCACUGGGUUCGGACACACCGCACACAAGCCCCGGACGACGACACCAGGAGCAUCACUUCCUACCAGACGUUGCCCAGGAACAUGCCCAGCCACCGGGCGCAGGUCGUGCCGCGAUAUCCUGAGGGUUACCGCACGCUCCCGCGAAACAUGCUGCGGCCAGACAGCAUCUGCAGUGCUGCAGGAUCAGUGUACGAUCGAGCGCUACAGCCAACAACAGCAGAGAAGCGGCGCUCCAUACGAGAUGACACCAUGUGGCAACUAUAUGAAUGGCAGCAGAGGCAAGCGCACAGCCGGCUCGGGUACGGGACACUGCCCAGCCCCAAAACCAGAGGCCAGAUUGCAGAGUCUAUCCCUACCUCCCCAUCUCAUGGAUCCCUGGCUGGUUAUCACACCUUCUCUUCUAAUCGACCCCUCAAUCCUGACUCCCGCUCUGAGGUUUCGUCGCCGGUGUUUCGUGGGGACACAACUAUAGAACGUCGGCACCGACCACACCUCUCAAAGUAUUCGUACCCUCCUGAGCGCAGAGCUGUUCCUCCAUCACAGAACAUCACAGCACAAUCUCUACAAGGAAAAACGGGACAAUCCCCCUGGAGCAACCUGGAGUUAAGUGCCUUGCUCAAGGACACAAUGGUGAUGGCUGUGGGGAUCGAACCAACAACCUUUUGCUUACCACCAGAGGAACUGACCCUGCUGCUCAUCAAACUACGGCGGCAACAGGCGGAGCUAAACAGCCUUCGUGAGCACACACUCACGCAGCUAAUGCAGCUUAACCUUGAUGCCGCCAACUCAAAGAGUGAAAUCCUUUCUCAUCACCUUCAGAGGAAUCUCAUGUACUUGGGCAGCCAGAUGAAGGAGAAUGAGCCAAUAAUCUUCAUGAUUCACACAGUGAUUGAGAACUCUGCACCAAGGCCGCAACUGUACCAGCAACAGUUGAGUCCGGAGGAGUACAGAGACAACACAUACUUAUACAGAUCAGAGGAAUUAGAUAUUGAUGCAAAGUUAAGUCGACUUUGCGAACAAGACAAAGUAGUGAGAACUCAAGAAGAGAAAUUACAGCAGCUUCAUAGAGAAAAGCACACGCUGGAGACGGCGUUACUGUCAGCGAGUCAGGAGAUCGAGAUGAGCUCUGAUAAUCCCACGGCAGUUCAGAGCGUCAUACAGCAGAGAGAUGUGCUUCAGAGCGGCCUCCUCAGCACGUGUAGAGAGUUGUCACGAGUCAGCGCUGAACUGGAGCGCAGCUGGAGAGAGUACGAUCGGCUGGAAGCUGAUGUCACACUGGCGAAGACUAACCUGCUAGAACAGCUAGAGGCCCUCGGGAGCCCACAGACAGAGCCUCCCAGUCAAAAGCACGUUCAGAUCCAGAAGGAACUCUGGAGAAUUCAGGAUGUGAUGGAGGCGCUGAGCAAGAACAAACCCAAGAGAACCGCAGAACCCAGUUUUCCUGGUGCAAACCCCCUAUCAUAUCUUCAUAAAAGUGAAGAGUCAGAUUCAGUGCCCCCGCGCCCUCCUCUCCCAUACGCUUAUGAGGGGGGCGAGCGCCUGCUCGUGCCCCCCCAGCCCUCCCCCGGCUCUGGUCAGCCUCAUGCGCCCCGUACCACCCCACACAGGCCCGAAGAUCGCAAGGCCGCUCAGCGCAACGGUGCCCACAGCGGACCAGAUUACCGUCUGUAUAAGAGUGAGCCGGAGCUUACAACAGUUGCAGAGGUUGAUGAGAGUAACGGUGAGGACAAAUCUGAACAGUCUGCAGAGAAAGAGCCACCCAGUGUUACCAAAGGUAUAGUUUACCCUGUUGGAGUGAUCAGCCCGAGGACUAAAUCACCCAUGCCUGAAUCGUCCACAAUCGCCUCUUAUGUAACCUUGAGGAAGAGCAAGAAGCCUGAUCCCAGAACAUCUCACCAGCCUGACCGUCCACGCAGUGCUGUGGAUCAUGUGAGCAGUGCCAUAGAGGUCGGCCGAACGCGCAUGAGCGUUGAGGAGCAAAUGGAGCGAAUCAGACGGCACCAGCAGGGGGCGCUACGUGAGCGGCGGAGAGAGGACGGCUCGCUGUCUCGUAGUCUCUCCUUCACUAAAGACAACCCGUACUACACCCUACAGGCACGCAAGAAGAGCCCUGUGAUCUCGCCAGACGAACAGGACAACCGUAGGGACCCGUCGCCAGGGGAACGAGAGCUGUUGACAAAGUCGACUGAUACAGAACAGAACUGCAAAGAUACUGAAGAUGUGGAACAUGGGAAUGACAACCUGGAGAAAGAGGAGAAACAGUCAGUCUCUCGAACAGACUCCAUCAAAGAGGCUCUUUUUAAGAGUAUUGGUCCCAAACCAAUACUGAACAAGGAGGAAAUGGACCCUAAACGCCCGACUCCCAUGGAAUACCGCAGAACUCUUGCCACUCAAAACAGCUUGCAGACGGCUGUCAUGGUCCGUGUGGGCACAGAGGAAGAUGAAGAGGAGGAUGAGGAAGAUGAGAAGCCCUCUAGUAAAGAGCAGGACGUCUCUUAUGAGCUGACCAACAGCAAACACAACACACUGAUGUCAGUGAACAGUCUGUCGACUCCGCCCCAUUCUCCAAGCUCCUCCUCCUCUCCCCCUCCUCCACCCUCCCCCCCACAGCUGACGGAUGGAUCGCACUUCAUGUGUGUGUGACCGAAGAGACGGAAGAUUCCUCCACUGUCUUCGAUAAACAGCACCAUUUGAAGGGACGUUCCAUCGGUUAGCCAAAAACAUCCCGUCUUAAACCAGACAGGAAGUACCACCUACUUCUGUAUCAUCUGACCAACACAGACGCCAACGUCCAGGCCUUAGUUCAACCACGCUCCCAUUUGCCAACCGCCGUGAGAGAAUCCAAGGGAAAAUGAUGCGUUUAUAGUGAUUAUUAUUUAUACUCCUACAUAUUUUGGUUUUAUGAGUCACAUUUUAGAUUACAGAGUUUUAUUCUGUUUGAGUUUAGUGUGUUUGGGUAAUGAGGGGGUUUAGGUGCUAUUGGAUGUACAUUCGCGUAUAUACAAACACACUAAUAACAUGCCACGCUCAUUUUAUUCAAAUUAUCAAGAGUUGUGUUCAUCGUUUGCUUGUUUUAUAUCAGUUUUAAUUGAUCGCUCCCAGUUUUCCCCAUUGUUGGUUGACACACGAUUUUUAGUACUCAUCUUUUGCACUGUACAACAUAAUUGUUUCUUUUUUACUCUGUUUAUAUCAGAUGAUUUGUGUAUAAAUGAUGUACAACAGACAAUUUCAAUAAGGUGCCGCUGUACUGCUGUCGACAAACAGGAUUCUACUUUUAUGGAUUUGUAAAUGAUCUGUAUGUUGGAUAGUCUGCAAUACCCACCACACUGUUUCCCGACACACUCAUGAAUGUUCCAGCUUACGUUUUAUUUUUCUAUGGCUGAGAUAUAUUUAAAUAGAGAGAUGAGUACAGAGUAUUAAUGUUUUAAGAAGAGUAUUACAGAGAUAUGCUUUGGUAUGCAGCGCUCGAACGCUUUUGAGCAUAGUGGAGAAUAGCACAUGAGAAGUUAGUGUUUUUAAAAAAAAAAGUUUAAAAAAAAAGAAGCAAUAAGCAGGGUUUUGGUGUUUAACUUUUUAUGUAUAAACUGUAAAGUUCAUUAUGUAUAUAAUGUACACCAUACAAUCAGCAGAGCAGAGAACCAUAAGAUAUGUAUCAGAGUCAAUAUGCAAAUGUUCAUAUUUCAUCUGUUUUAUAUCAUGUGUAAUAAAUGUUGACAUUCUUAAA